UCAGCCAAAGCACCGUUUAUUCCCAAAACAAAUUUUUUUUAAAAUUCCCGAAAUUUCCCCAAUCCCAAUUUCUUAAUUUUUUUUUUUUUUUUUUUUUUUUUUUUUUUUUUUUUUUUUGGGGUGGCUGUUCCCAGAAUUCCCGAGAUUUUCCCCUGGGAAUUCUCAGGUUUGGAAUGUCAGACCCAAAUCCAGGGAUUUUUAUCCCAAUUUUUAUCCCAGAUUUUCCUCUCCCACUUCCCGCUGGGAUUCCCAGCCCUGCUCAUAAUUCCAGAAUUUUUUUUUUUUUAUUUCCUUGAUUAUUUUAUUUUUUUCCCGGAAUUCCAAAGAUUUCCUGGCAAUUCCCAGCUCAGCAAAAGCGAUUUCUGAUCCCAAAAAAAUCCAGCUAAAAAUCAAAAAAAAAUCCAGCCCAAAAUAAUUUAAAAAAUCAGAAAAUUCCCCCCGAAAAAAGGAAUAAAAAUUCCCCCCAAAAAAAAGUCCAGAAAUUCCAAUUCCUGGAAUGUUUUUCCAUGGAAAUUUCUCAAUUCCUGGAAUUUUUUUUCACGGGAAUUUUUCCAUUCCAAGGAUAUUUUUUUCCAUGGGAAUUCCAACUCUAAAACCGUCAAUCAUUUCCCAUGGGAAUUCCCAAUUUCUGGAGUGUUUUUUUCAUGGAAUUUUUCAGUUCCUGGAAUAUUUUUCCAUGGAAAUUUUCAAUUCUUGGGCCCUUUUUUCUCCAGGAAUUCCAAGUUCUAAAAUCCCAAAUAAUUCCACCCUCCUGGAAUGUGAUCCCAUGGAAAUUCCUCAAUUCCUGGAAUAUUUUUCACGGGAAUUUCUCCAUUCCCAGGUAAUUUUUUUAUGGAAUUCCCGACUCCUGGGAUGUUUUUCCAUGGAAAUUUUCAAUUUUUUUCCCCCAUGAAUUCCAACUAAAACCCUUAAAUCAUUUCCCACAGGAAUUUUCAUCUCCAGGGUUGUUUUCCCAUGGAAUUUUUCAAUUCCCAGAAAAUUUUUCCAUGGAAUUUCUCAAUUCCCAGAGAAUUUUUCCAUGGAAUUUUUUCAACUCCCAGGGAUUUUAUUCCAUGAAAUUUUUUCAAUUCCUGAAAUGUUUUUCCAUGGAAUUUUCCAAUUCCCAGGAAAUUUUUCCACGGAAUUUUUUCAAUUCCCUGUUAAGUUUUUCCAUGAAAUUUUUAAAUUCCCAGGGAUUUUUUUCCAUAGAAUUUCUCAAUUCCCAGGGAUGUUUUUCCCAUGGGAUUCUGCAAUUCCCAGGGAAUUUUUUCCAUGGAAUUUUCUAAUUCCCAGGGUUUCUUUUCCCAUGGAAUUUUUUCAAUUGCCAAGGAUUUUUCCCAUGGGAUUCCUCAUUCCCAGGGGAGUUUUCCAAUUUCCAGGGACGUUUUCCUCAGUUCCCAGGGGAAGUUUUCCAGGGGCCCCUGCAGCUCCCAGGGGUGUUUUCCAUGGAUUCCUCAGUUCCCAGGGCAGUUUUCCAUGGAUUCCUCAUUUUCCAGGGGGCCCUGCAGCUCCCAGGGGUGUUUUCCAUGGAACUCUCAUUUCCCAGGGGAGUUUUCCAUGGAAUUUUCCAGCUCCCAGGGGUGUUUUCCAUGGAAUUCUCAGCUCCCAGGGGAGUUUUCCAUGGAAUUCUCAGCUCCCAGGGGCCCCUGCAGCUCCCAGGGGCGUUUUCUAUGGAAUUCUCAGUUCCCAGGGGUGUUUUCCAUGGAAUUCUCAGUUCCCAGGGCUGGUUUCCAAUUUCCAGGGGUGUUUUCUAUGGAAUUCUCAGUUCCCAGGGGAGUUUUCCAUGGAAUUCUCAGCUCCCAGGGGUGUUUUCCAUGGAAUUCUCAGUUCCCAGGGAUGUUUUCCAAUUUCCAGGGAUGUUUUCCUCAGUUCCCAGGGCUGGUUUCCAUGGAACUCUCAGUUCCCAGGGGGUCCUGCAGCUCCCAGGGGAGUUUUCCAUGGAAUUCUCAGUUUUCCAGAUGAUUCCUAG